GCGCGCAUGUGCGGUUUUAGUUGGAGUGCAUUAUUUUGCCAACAGUAUAUCCUCCUGCAAGACAUCAAGUCACAAAAAUUUGGUAGGACUACUUGUAACUUACUUUUACUAGUGACAUUGUAGCAUAAAGUGUCACGUGUCAAAGAUUGUUAUUCCAACGCAGUUAAAAUAAUUAACGUAUCAGCAGAGCAAAAAAAAUAUGUUUGAAGGAAGAUCAAUAUUAAAAAGUAGGCUACAUAGGCGACAGAAGACAAUAAUGACGUGGGAAUUAUACAGCAGAGAAACUUUACGGAUCCAUUUGCUGCUGAGGUUUCUGCUCUAUUUUCACCUGGCGACCGUGGUUGGAGCCAAUGGAGACGUGGCCCAUCCUCACACCCGCCUGACUGUCAAUGCCCCCCACCUUUCCUACAUGUGCGAGGUGGGUGCCAAUGUCACCCUGCUCUGUGCCCAGAAAGGUGCCAAGCUGCACCCCUCGGACCACCUGCAUCAAAGCUGGCUUUUCACCCCCCACUCAGCUGAGCAUUGCCAUGACAAGGUGCACCCCCGCGAACACAAUCACCGGGGCAACCAUUCCAGUGCGGCGCUUCCUUGGGGGGUAAAGUACGGGGCAAGCGAAGAGUCUUUCUGGGUGCAACUACAGCUUGUGAACAAUUCUGACCAAGGGCGUUACUGCUGCCUCUCCCUGGAUAUUAACAAUGGCAAGGUGGUGCAGAGGACGCAUAGCCACAUCUUUCUCACUAUCACACCUCGGAAAAGAGAUGAGGCGAAAUGCACUCUAUUGGACAUCAAGCCAGCAGAAGUAUCCUCAGGGUCAGUGACUGCAGGCCUGGCCACAGCUGCUUGCAUCAUGGCUAUUCUCUCUUUGCCCAUCAUCAUGGUGUUAGUGUACAAGCAAAGACAAUCCGCCCAGUCCAGCCAACGUGCACACGAGCUGGUGAGAAUGGACAGUGAAGCUGCGGGCCAUGAGAACCCAGUAUUUCUGGGGGUCUCACCCCCAGGCCAGGCUAAGACCAGGACUGUGUCUCAAAUCAUGACCAGGCAGUCCUCAGAGACAGGCCGACACCUGCUACUGUCCGACCCUGGCACCCCCCUAUCUCCUCCCGCACACGGAGUUGUCUUCUUCCCAGAACAGGAUCCCAUCCUAGAGUCUCCUGAUUUCCUGCAUGUGUAGAGAGAAGCAGUCAAUGGCUCCCUAACCCAGAAACACCUUGUGGUUAGUUAUUCAUCGUCACUCUGCCAUGUCACCCUGAAGCCUGUCUCACAACCUUCUCUGCUGGGGGAGCUCUCUCUCUCUGUGUACCGCAUCCUGGAUGGAUGGGAGAGGGAAGGAGGGGACAGUUUCUUCUAAAAUAAAUGUUCCACCUGCAACAACAACUGGAGGAGGCCAAAGAGGGGGGGGGGGGAUUUGUUCUCGACACUUGUGUUGCAGUGGGGGCCCGCUAAGUAUGUGACGCACCGUCUGACCACUGACGACAGCUCAAGGACCAGCAGGUGCUCCUGAUCUGAUGUCCCAGGACUGUACUGAGGAGGAUGGGGGGAGUGUGGGUGCAGGGUGGGCGGUAGAGGAUACAAAGCAACUCCUGUGGACUCUUGAUGAUAUGCUCCUCACCAUUUCCCUCACCAUUUUCCCCCAUAUAGGGCCCGUUCCCCGGACACAGAUUAAGCAUCAAUCUAGACAGAAAACAGUGUAAACUUUGGUUUAGACAUUUGUUUUCCACUAAUAUUUGACAAACCUAUUUUUCAGUGGCAAUUGACGAGACUGACUAGACAGACCUAGAAAAAACGAACUGAACGAAAGUGAUUUUUCAAUACAGUUGACUAAAAUGAGACACGACAACAUCUACCUAUCUCUGUAGUGGACAGGACAAUCGUAGACUCUUUAGUGGACAGGACAAUCGUUUUUGAACGUUUUUGAACAAAUCUAGCACUUUUCAGUGAUAAGCACAAUUAAUAUUAGCAGGACAGAUGUAGUUAUUUUCAGCAGUGGGAAGGAUGCACCACACCCGGCACACACAACCUCCAUCAGCUGGUGAGCUGGGGGGGAGCAAGCGAUGAGUGUGGACAGGCUUCGCUCCAGCUCCGUCUUCGAUUAGACACAUUGCGCAGGCAACUCUUCUUAAUUUCCCGACAUUGCGCAGGCAACUCUUCUUAAUUUCCCGUAGCUAACCAGUCACCACUAGCAUUCUAGUCAGCUACCCUUUGCCUGGUUAAGAAACACAAGCUGCUUUACAAAAUGUAAAACAAUAGCAGCAUUGAGUUGAACAGUGCAACUACAGUCUAGCGAUGUUCUUCUCUUCCUUGAGUAGAGAAAAGUAAGCUGUUUUUUGAAUUUGUAGUCUUCGCGCAACCCUCCCACCUUCCCCACUGCCUUUCAUAGGCAGGUUCUGUAGCCAAGUCUCCCUCUUUUCCUCAGACAAAACGCUUGAUGCUAGCCCUUACUGUUCAAAAGAUAUGACCCAGCUCUAUGUUGUUUCUUUUUAUUGUGCAUUGGCGGGUUGCA